AUGUUUUGCUCCUGUAAGAGUAAUCCCACGGUUACUGUCAAAGAAGGUACCUUGAGAGGGUCUAUAAAUAACUUACUGGAUGGAGGAAUAUAUUAUAGUUUCAAAGGGAUACCUUAUGCACGGCCGCCCUUAGGAGAACUAAGAUUCAAGGAUCCACUGCCACCACAAGCAUGGAUUCAUGAAUACGAUGCUACUAAACACGGUGCCAUAUGUGUACAAUUUGACGCUAUACGAGAAAAUAUUACAAAAGGAAGUGAAGACUGCCUGUUUCUUAACAUUUACACUAAAUAUUUGAAAACUAACUCAAAGUUUCCUGUGAUGGUAUACAUUCAUGGUGGGACUUUUAUGUUAGGAAAUGGAAAUUCAGAUCUGUAUGGCCCUGAAUUUUUACUGCAACAUGACGUUUUAGUAGCAACCAUUAAUUACAGACUGGAAGCAUUUGGGUUCUUAAGUCUAAAUAUACCUGAGGUACCAGGUAAUGCUGGCAUGAAAGAUCAAGUAGCUGCUUUGAAGUGGAUAAAAAAAAACAUUGCUCGAUUUGGCGGUGACCCAGAUAAUAUAACAAUAUUUGGUGAGAGUUCUGGUGCCGCUUCUGUGACUUUACAUUUAAUGUCGCCUAUGUCAAAAGGGUUAUUCCACAAGGCUAUAGCACAAAGUGGUACUUCCUUAAGUGAUAUAACUGCUUUUGGUAAAUAUGGUAAAAAAACUAUUUGUAAAGUCAGCACAGCCCUUAAUAUAGAGGCUAGAAAUAAAAAUGAAUAUCUUCAGAUAUUACAAAAUAUAACUGCCAAAGAUUUGGCAGGAAUUACGUAUAAACUCACAUCUGAAGACAAAAAUGGUCUAGAUACAAUAAUAUUUUUUCAUCCUACUGUGGAAAACUCAUUCAAUGGUGUAGAAGCAUUUAUGAAUGAACAAAAUAUUAUUGAUAUGCUUGUUGCACAGAAAACUAAUGCUGUACCGUUAAUGAUUGGUUAUAACUCUGCGGAAGUUUAUACUAAACAACCAGUAUACAUGUACAGAUUUAAUUAUGAUACUGAUUUAAACUACGCAAAAAUUAAAUCUGGUGGUAAAGAUAAGAAAGGUGUUGCCCACGCUGAUGAUCUGUUUUAUUUAUUUCAUAAUAAACAAAACGAUGAUGCAUACAAAACUCAAGAUAAAUUGAAAAAUAUUAUAUUCAAUUUAACAAAGAUGUGGACUGAUUUUGCCAAAACUGGGAAUCCUACACCGGACGGUAGCCUUGGCAUAACGUGGAUGCCAUUAAGUUCCGACAACCUGAUAAUGAAACUAGAAGAACCUCUAUCAUUAGGACCUAUUCCGGAUAUGGAAAGUCUGCGAUUUUGGGAUAAUUUGUAUUGCGAAGUAGGAUUACCGUGUCUUGCUUCCAUUGAAACGUGA